CUAAACCUAACUGAUAACGGUUUUCACUGUUACUGAUAAACAAACCGGGCAUGGAGUAAAAGUAAAACUAAGUAAACACCAAAUUUAAUUAAGUUUGUACACUUUGACGUACAUAUUUUACAAAAAUCAAGCCAUGAAUUUGAUCAAACCUUACCCACACAUAUAAUGCCAUGUUGCUCACAAUUGUCAAAUUUGGUUUUGAAAGUGUGAGUAGCCUUGCAAAUUCUGUUUCAAAUUUGCAAAAAUGCUCGAAAACUAGGAAGCUGACAGGACCACCCUGGAGAAUAUUAUUUUUUGGAACUGACAGCUUCUCCCUUGCGAGCCUUAAGUCACUAUGUGCUAAACUACACACAGGGACGCUCAUAAGCGAUCUGGCGAUUGUGAGCAAAGCUGGAACAGCUGUAAAAAAAUUCGGAGAAGAAGAGAAUCUGAUUUGUCAUGACUGGCCACUGCAGCCGAAAGAAAUCGCGUCUAAGUAUGACAUAGGGAUGGUUGUCUCUUUUGGUAAACUCAUCCCAAAAGACAUAAUAGAAUCUUUUCCUCUAGGUUGUCUUAAUGUUCAUGCGAGUAUACUGCCAAGGUGGCGAGGGGCUUCGCCGAUAAUCCACGCAAUAAUGAAUGGAGACUUUGAGACUGGGGUGACAGUCAUGAGAAUUCAUCCUCAUAAGUUUGAUGUUGGAGAAAUCGUAAGGCAGUAUAGGAUACCUAUAGGCCCAAAUGAAACUUCGGAGGACUUGCAAAAUCGUCUUGCAUUUCACGGUGCUCAGCUUUUAAUGGAGUGCAUCAGAGACAUGCCCAGAUGUGUCGAAAUGGCCAUCCCUCAGCCUCAAGAAGGAGUUACUUACGCUCCAAAAAUCAAUGCUUCUAUGUCUGAGGUAGAUUGGUCAAAAUUAUCGGCACUGGAAGUAUACAAUCUUCACAGGGCUUUGAGUUCAAUCUUCCCUUUGAAAACUCAUUGGCAUGGUCAGAGUGUAAAACUAAUAAGCCUCGAACUUGACAAGGAGUUGAAGAAAAUUGACAACGAAAUGAGAUCUUCAAGUCAAAGUGCUCUUUCGUUUCUCAAUGAUGGAUUCGAAGGAGUUCCUAAAACAACAAAAAUAAAGAAAAGUGAUACAAAUGCUGGUAAUUUGGAAUUUUGCAAAAUAACGAAGAUAAUUAAAGUAAAGUGUUGUGAUGGGAACAAUGUCAUUGUUAGAACUAUCAGGGUUGGAAAGAAAACUAUUUCUGCUGUUGAUUUUUUCAAUGGUUUCAUGUCUAAGAAAUCCAAAGAGAUGUGGAAUUUUAGAAGUACAUGAUUGUGUAUAAAUUUGUAUCAAAUGUACAAAAAUUGUAGUAAAAAGAAUGAAUUAAUAUGUAAAUAAUUUUUUAAAAUACAUUAAAAAAAGUA